CCCGGCCGCCAUCUUGUCGGGGCUGAGGCAGCGCCCGCCGGCCCCGCUCCGUGUGCGCGGCCCGCCUGCCCCGAGCACCGACCCGCCAUGGCCAACAACAGCCCCGCGGUGGCGAACUGCCAGGGGCAGCAGGUGGCCCAGCACCCGCCCGGCGCCGUCCCGCCCGUGCAGCAGCCGCUGCAGAGCGGGGGCCCCAAGCCGGCGGCCUCGGGCAAGCAGGGCAACGUGCUACCGCUGUGGGGCAACGAAAAGACCAUGAACCUGAACCCUAUGAUCCUCACCAACAUCCUCUCGUCGCCCUACUUCAAGGUGCAGCUCUACGAACUCAAGACCUACCACGAAGUGGUGGACGAGAUCUAUUUCAAGGUAACACAUGUUGAACCAUGGGAAAAGGGCAGCAGAAAAACAGCAGGCCAGACAGGGAUGUGUGGAGGGGUGCGUGGUGUUGGAACUGGAGGAAUUGUGUCUACUGCUUUUUGUCUGCUCUACAAAUUAUUUACACUGAAGCUCACUCGUAAACAAGUGAUGGGCCUUAUCACUCAUACAGACUCCCCAUAUAUAAGGGCUCUUGGAUUUAUGUAUAUUAGGUACACACAGCCACCUACAGAUCUAUGGGACUGGUUUGAAUCCUUUCUUGAUGAUGAAGAGGACCUGGAUGUGAAGGCAGGUGGAGGUUGUGUUAUGACCAUAGGGGAGAUGCUUCGUUCCUUCCUUACUAAGCUUGAAUGGUUUUCCACGUUGUUUCCAAGAAUUCCUGUGCCAGUCCAGAAAGCCAUUGACCAGCAAAUUAAAAGCAGACCUAGAAAAAUCAAGAAAGAUGGCAAGGAAGGGAUGGAAGAAAUAGACCGGCAUGCAGAACGUAGACGUUCAAGGUCUCCAAGACCAAGAUCCAUCAGUCCCAGGAGGUCUCCCAGAAGAUCCAGAAGCAGAAGUCACCAUCGGGAAGGCCAUGGAUCAUCUAGUUUUGAUAGAGAACUAGAAAGAGAACGAGAACGGCAGAGAUUAGAACGUGAAGCAAAGGAGAGAGAAAAGGAAAGGCGGAGAUCCCGAAGUACCGAUCGCUCACUGGAACGGAGGCGAAGCAGAAGCAGGGACAGAUACAGAAGCCGGAGUCGAAGUCGUGACAGGAAAGGAGAUAGAAGAGACAGGGACAGGGAGAGAGAGAAAGAAAAUGAGCGGAGUCGGAAAAAAGAGAGAGAUUAUGAUAAGGAAAGAGGUAGUGAGAGGGAAAAAGAUCGAUCUAGAGAAAGGUCAAAAGAAAGGAAAAGUAAGGGUGACACAGAGGAGAGGAGACACAAGGAUGACAAAGAUGAGAAGAAACACCGUGAUGACAAGAGGGAUUCCAAAAAAGAGAGAAAGCAUAGUAGAAGUCGAAGCCGGGAAAGAAAGCAUAGGAGUAGGAGCCGAAGCAGGAACACAGGUAAGCGCAGCAGAAGCAGGAGCAAAGAAAAAUCAAGUAAACAUAAAAAUGAAAAUAAGGAGAAAUCAAAUAAAAGAAGUAGAAGCAGAAGCAGAGGAAGAACAGAUAGUGUUGAGAAGUCCAGAAAACGAGAUCAGAGUCCCAGCAAAGAAAAAUCUAGGAAGCGUAGCAGAAGCAAAGAACGUUCCCACAAACAUGAUCACAGUGAUAGCAAGGACCAUUCUGACAAACAUGAUCGUCAAAGGAGCCAAAGUACAGAACGAGAGAGCCAAGAAAAGCCACAGAAAAACAAAGAUGAGACUGUGUGAAUUCUUUCAAAAGUGGAUCACAUUGAAUCCUAUAAAUGUUUGAUUAAAUCCUGCUUAUUUUUUCUUAAAGUUGAGAUUGUGCAGUAGUUGAUGAGCACUCUUCUCCAACCUCCCUCUAGGCUGCAGAUUGUCAUUUCCUAUUUUCGGUAGGGAAGUGCCUUUGUAAACCCAUUCAAUGCAUUGACGGUUUCAAACCAUUUGUUUAGUUUAAUUUGUAAUGCUGAGAUUGUUCUUGCAUUUUUAUUGUUCAGAUGUUUCUGAAAUGUACAGUCUGUACAUAUGUCCUGAAAAUGUUUUAAUUCCUUUGGCAUGGUUGCCAUGUUGGUUAAAUUUGUAUGAGGCAAUAAACUGCCACUAAUUAUA